UCUGCUGACCGAUGGCAUCUUCUGAUGAAAUGCUUGCUAUCAUGUUUUGAUGUCUCGCUUCGCAUGCCUUCCACGUGUCUUUUUCUGUACACGUGGAGGAUGAUGAAAGGUGUACAUACACCAACCAUGGAGUCCGUUUCACAAAAAUGAGAGAAAAUAUUAGCACAAACCCAACUACAAACAGGACCUGGGACAAAAACAUGAUGAGAGUCUGAAUUCGCUGAUUAGUUUUUAAAUUGUUAAAAGGGAAAUGGGGGCAUGGGUCUACAUGGUCUUUGAUCGUCAGCUCUUUGAGUUCGAUUAUGUCCACCCACUUGGGACUUCCCAAGUGACAUGUUGGAGUGCAAGAUGCUAUUUGUUGUUGUUUAAAUUAAAUCAGUCGGUUAAAAAAAAAAUUGGUCUCAAAAAUUCUUAAACUAUGGGUCGUUGAAUCCGGCCCCUUUAUUUAAUUUAGAUGGGUCCGUUUAAAUGUUGGACUUUGUCUUAAACUUGACGUCGUUAAAAAAGUAUAAAUUAUCAAACCUGCUGAGGUUUUGAUAUUAGCAUCCACAGUGUGUUUUUGAACACAUGGAAGGUCGUCAGUAAUUAAUCUAGAAGUUUGAACACAUUCGUGUUUUGACUAGUGGGUUUAAUUUGUCCGGUUUGCCUCUAAAUUAUCCCUUGGGUUUUCUUUCUAUUUUUUAAUUUAAUUCCUUUCAAAUCCAAAAUUUUCUUCUUCUCCUCUGUUGAGCGUUCCAGGAGCUUCUAUUAAAUUUGUUGAGUGGUAAGGAAACUCUUUUAGGUUUAGGCGGGUCUUUUGUUCCAUUAUGAAUUUCAUGUUUGUUUGUUCCCAGACUAGUGAGACCAUUUACACCAUAAUACUGAAUUUCUUUACCUCUUUUGACGAAGUCCUAACGCCAUUAGGAGGUCCUUUUUUUGUUUCUCUUCAGGAAUUAGAAGGAAACUGGGUAAUUUCAUUAUGGCAUUUUGUCGAUCCCCUUUUGAUGACUGGUUUUGAUUACUCUCCUCUAGUCCACAAGAUCAAUUUGUUUAUUUCUGCUACUCCAACUGAAAAAAUACCAAGGGAAUCCAGGUUUUCUGCAGGGAUAUCGGGAAGGAGUUCUCUUAAGGACUGGAUUUCAAGCUGGUCUACAUCAAUUAAUGUGCAGGAUGAUUUCAAAAUUGUUGCAGGAUACACUCUAUGGAAUAUCUGGAAAGCUAGAUGCUCCCCUGUAUUUGAAAAUACUCGAUUCCAAGUAGAAGGGAUUGUAAGGAUGGUUAAUAAAGAUAUAUCCGAAUGGAAUGAGCACUUAAGAAAAAACACAUCUGGAGACCUACAUGCUUGCAGAGUUAGAGAACCAAGUAGAUGGAAUCCUCUGCAUUGUGAUUUUAUAAAAAUUAAUUUUGAUGCAGCUUUCCAAAAAGAAAACAAAACUAUGGGAUCUGGUCUAAUACUUAUCGAUGAUGCAGGAAUUUUCUAUGGAGCAUGGUGCAUCCUAGGAGUAGCUGAAAAUGAAGAACAUGCUGAGGCUAUUGCAUCUUGGGAGGCAAUCAAAUGGGCUAAAAGAAAUAACUCUCAAAAGUUGCAUAUGGAGGGAGACUGUCUUAAUGUUGUUUUGGCUAUAAAUAGUAAUCUAGGAUCUGUUAGAUGGACUAAUAACCCCAUUAUCAUGGAUUGUAAGGAAAUGUUAGGAAGUUUCAGUAGUUUGGUAUAAAGAAGCUAAGAACAAUAAUAUUCCUUUGUUUUGGGGAAGUGAUUCUCCUGUAUGGUUGAAAACUCUCAUUAGAGAGAAAUUGUAUGUGUCACAUUGUUAAGUUA